UUCCAUUUGAUGGAAACGCCAUUCAAUAUUUCCUCGUGUAAUUUUAAUCGAUAUUCUUACUUUCAAAAUAUCAUAGUUUUAUGGGCUCCUGCCUAUGGAUUCCCUGUAUAUGCAGCAGCAAUCUUCCUGCUGAAAUAUCAUUCUGAUAGUCAAAGUCAAUAUGUUAGAGCUGCUCAGUUUAUAGCUGUCAUUUUAAAUUUUCUGGAGCUCGUUGACAUGUCUACAGUAUUCUACCCUCAAUUCGUAGUUCCAGUAUUAGGUCUUCAAGUUGGAGGAAUUUCAGAAUUUAUAUACCCAAGACCUAUUCUUUACCUUGCUAUUGCGUUAAUUCUUCAUCAAGGUAUCAAUUCCACAACUUUAUUCAUUGCUCAUUGCCGUCUCGUACUAUUAUCAAGAUCUCUAAUUUUACGAAAAAGUUCUACAAAUGUUCUUUUGAGGAGAUCUAAUCAACUAUCCUAUAUCAACUAUGUGUUUUUUAUAGCAAGUGUUGGAAGUAUUUUACUUAUUCUAAACGUCGAUAACAUUGAAUAUCAGAGUCAGUGGAAAAAAGAAUUCUUUCAAAAAUAUCAAUUGAACUUUAUAUGGUGCCCUAAAUAUUAUGUUCUCGACCCAACAGUUUGGGAAUUCGUAGUGAUGAUGAUUGUUGCAUGUUCAACAACUGUUCUAUUUGCAUUUGUUUUUGUUUUAUGCAGUAUCACAACAAUUGCAAUAAUUCAUUCUGCAAAGGAUACAAUGUCUCUUCAAACACGAAGAUAUCACUUGCAAGUUGUCAAAUCUUUUCUUAUUUCCUGUGGAAUUCAAGCUUUUUUUGUCGUUCUCCCAGUUGUUCAUAUCCUACUUUGUGUUUAUUUUGAAUUUAUCAAAACAUAUACUGGCGCUUCAGGUAUGCUUUUCUAUUCUGUAUUCACUCAAGCACAUCAAGGAACAGCGUUCACACUUUUCUACGUAUUGUCUCACAUAAAAACAAAAAAGACUUGGAGAAAAUUUACACGGGCGGUUCGAAAAAUCAAUACGGUUCGAUUAUUCAAACGAAGUAUCUAGAAUUUCACACGGCAUCCAAACGAGCCAUGUUCAUGUUAUGUGUAUGAACGUGUUUGGUCUUUUUAUUUGACAUAUCUGAUAUCUCGUAAUGAAUUUGUUGAUCUUA